UUCCUCCACGCGUCCUUCCUUAUUGCUCCUCUCUUCGGUGCGCGUGGGGCGCGUCUAAAGUCGGGUAUCUCCAUCUGAUUGGUGCAGACAUUUGACAGAAAGCGAUGACGCUCCUCCAAUGAGGAGUAGCCUGCAAGCAAGUGGUCCAAUAUAGGCGCCCGAGGCGAGGAGCAUCUUUACUAUAGGAGGCGUUUGCAGGCGAGAAGGAGGCAGAAGAUCCGCAGGAGUCUCGGAGUUACUUCUCCUCGGCGUUUCUGAUUUUUUUUUUCUCCCCAUCGAAGCUCCUCCUCUGUGUGAGCGGCCGGUUGCUCUCUGAAGGCGUUUCUUCUGGAAAAAUAAACCAAAACGGAGCCGAUCGAGGACGACGGACAGCGACCCUCCCUCACCUCUGCAAUCAUGAUGUCGAUGAACAGCAAGCAGCCUUUCAGCAUGCACCCCAUCCUGCACGAGCCCAAGUACACGCCUCUGCACUCCAGCUCGGAGGCCAUCCGCAGAGCCUGCCUGCCCACGCCGUCGCUUCAGGGGAACAUCUUCGCGGGCUUCGAUGAAUCGCUGCUGCAGAGGGCCGAGGCUCUGGCCGCCGUGGACAUCGUGGCGCAGAAGAGCCACCCCUUCAAGCCGGACGCCACCUACCACACCAUGACCACCAUGACCAGCAUGACCUGCACCCCCACCUCGUCCUCGGCGCACCUGCACCACCCGUCCGUGCUGACCUCGCACCACCACCCGGGGCACCACCAGCCCGCGCAGGGCCUGGAGGGCGACCUGCUGGACCAUCUGACGCCCGGCAUCUCGCUGGGGGGCAUGCCCGGCUCCGACGUCUGCUCCACCGCCUCACACACCGCGCACGCGCACAUGUCGGCCAUCAACCACAUGCAGCACCACCACCACCCGCAGUCCAUGAACAUGCACCCGCACGGCCUGGGCUCGCACGGCUCCCUGGGGGGCUCCGGCGGGGACGCGGAGCCGGACCCCCGGGAGCUUGAGUCUUUCGCCGAGAGGUUCAAGCAGAGGCGGAUCAAACUGGGGGUGACUCAGGCCGACGUGGGGGCCGCGCUGGCCAACCUGAAGAUCCCCGGCGUGGGCUGCCUGAGCCAGAGCACCAUCUGCAGGUUCGAGUCCCUGACGCUGUCGCACAACAACAUGGUGGCCCUGAAGCCCAUCCUGGAGGCCUGGCUGGAGGAGGCGGAGCGCGCGCAGCGGGAGAAGAUGUCCAAGCCGGAGAUCUUCAACGGCGGUGACAAGAAGCGGAAACGCACGUCCAUCGCGGCGCCGGAGAAGCGCUCCCUGGAGGCCUACUUCGCCGUGCAGCCGCGGCCCUCCUCGGAGAAGAUCGCCGCCAUCGCGGAGAAGCUGGACCUGAAGAAGAACGUGGUCCGGGUCUGGUUCUGCAACCAGCGGCAAAAGCAGAAACGGAUGAAGUUCUCUGCGACGCACUGAAGACCGGGAGGGCCGCGGCCCGUUUCCAUAGAGACCAAUCAGAGACGAGCUGCUAAGCGCGCGCUCUGCGCCGGGACGCACCUGCGCGCACCUCACAUCCAGAAAAAGGCACGAGUUUCCCUCCCUCAGAUGUAAAAACGGACGUUGUGGGAUGAAAUCGAAAACUUUGUGACUCUGAACAGCAGCGGAGCGGCUCUCACAGUGUUUCCUCUUCCUUAUGAGCACGAAAAACAAAAAAGAAAAGAGUAUUCUCCACUUCUCACUGUCCAAUGCAACGAAAAGCUGUUUGGACUCCGCGCGCCUGAAGACUUUUCCUUCAGAGAAAACAGGAAAACGGAGCGGCGUUUUCCCCACGGAUGUGGCAAAUCCUGUACAAAAAUGAGAAUAAUAAUGACGGAAUGGAGGGAAGAUGAUUGUCCUCUUUAGCCGGGAUAGCUUUUUAUAUUUAUGUGUGUACAUAUCUGUAAAUAAGACGCACCUCCGAGUGGAAAAAACUCAUCCAAAUGGUAUCAGUUGUUUUCCUUGUUUUUAUUUUAUUUUAUUAUUUUUUGGGGUGGGGGGCAGACCUAAAUGUUGUUUUAAACUGGGGAGGGGGAGGGGGGGGGUCAUCUUUCAUCAGAUCCACUGCAUGGUUUACUGUUAACGGGAGCGCAUUUUUCUGUGCGCAAAAAAAGAAGUAUUGGAAACGCACCGCAAUAACAGGAAGGAAAAGAAAAACACGCACGAACACACGCGCACACGCUUUCGGCUGUGCGUCUACCUCAUUAGUGUUUCACGUUCGUGGUGGUUUCCGGAUCCAAACACGCACUUGUGUUGGUGCAUUAGGCCUGUAGACUCACUGGUGUGUAAAUCUCACUGCAAUGAUGCUCUGACAAUCAGAUGAUCCAGGAGCCGCGCGGCUCCCCUCCUCGUGCACAUCUGUGGAGCGCACUUUGUAGAUAUUCCGAUGCGGGGAGACCGUCGGCCUUAUUUAUUUGCAGAAAAGGUUCCGAUUUGUUUAUUUUUCCUGAUUCAUGUCAUCUUUAUUUAUUUAUUUUAUUUAUUUCUUUGGCUCAUCAGACCAACGUGUUUCCUUUGUGAAAGUGUGCUUUACUGUCUGAAGCUGAAAUAAAACCGUGCACGUUUUCCUUGA